AUGCCAGCACCACAAAGAAAUGCUUUUAGUGUGCUAAACUACGAAAUUAUGAAGGAAAAAAGUUACAACAUCAAUGAACUACUUGAAUACAUUGCUCACAACAAACCACUUCUCAAUGACAAUCAAAAAAAAGUUUACGACGUUAUAAUGAGCCGGAUAAAUAACAAUAUUGGUGGAAUUAUUUACUUGGACGCACCAGGAGGCACUGGUAAAACGUUUCUCAUAAAUCUAAUACUGGCGGAAAUACGUGCUAAAAAACUCAUCGCACUGGCACUAGCAUCAUCUGCCAUUGCAGCCACACUUAUGGAAGGAGGACGAACUGCCCAUUCUGCCUUACAACUACCAUUGAAUAUAGCCGAACAACAAUUCCCGGUAUGUAAAAUUUCAGGAAAAUCUGGACGUGGUCAAAUUUUAAAACAAGCUAAAAUUAUCAUCUGGGAUGAAUGCACCAUGGCCCAUAAAAAAUUUAUAGAAGCCAUGGACAGAACAUUACAAGAAUUGCGAAAAAACUCUGAAAUAAUGGGAGGAGCUCUACUCAUACUCUCAGGAGAUUUUCGACAAACACUUCCAGUUAUUCCCAAGUCAACAUCAGCAGACGAGAUCAAUGCAUGCUUGAAAAAAUCACAUCUCUGGCCACAAGUACAAAUACUGCAAUUAACAAAAAACAUGAGAGUUGAAUUAUCAAGAGAUGGAACAACAGCACAAUUUGCUAAAAUACUUAUACAAAUCGGCAAAGGUACAUAUCCUACUGACCAAACGACCGGCCUCAUUGAACUUAAUAGUGAUUUCUGUAAUAUAGCCACUACUGAAGACGAACUAAUCGACAAAAUUUAUCCAAAUAUUAUUCAGAACUAA